AGAAAAGGCGUGGUUUGUUUGGUUUCGCGCGAAAAUUGCUUUCUUCUUCCUGUGAAGCUCGUGGACUUCCGGAUGAGUUUGUUUGUGUUCGUGUAGCUUCGCUUCCACUCGGGUCGGCACACGGACGGAAUGGCGCAGGUUCGGCUCACCGAGUUCUUCUCCCAGCGGAAAAAAGGCGCUUCUGGACCGAGGAAGCCCGCCGCGGGCGCGCUGUCCUCCCCGGUUCACCGGGAGUUCGUGCGGGUCAUCGAUGAGGCGGCCGGGCCUGCAGACCGGAGCCCAGACCCCGCAGAGCCCCACACGCCGAAGCGCCCCUCCGGACAGAGCCCGGAGCGGGAGUCCGCCGCGGCGGAGCACAGUUCAGCCAAGAGGAAGCGGAGGGUCCCGGCGGGCGCGGGGGAGCCCGCGGCCGACACGGGAGCGCGCAGGGGGGCGCGGAAGAAGCUCGUCCUGCCCGGUGAGACGGGACGACCCAAGACCCCUCUCGGUGGGGCUCAAACACAGGUUCUGUGUAAGGAGGACGUUGCCGCUCUAAAGUGUCGCCUUCAGAAGAUCCAGAAGCAUGCGGAGGAGGUCUCUCCUGCGUCCUCCUCCUCGGCGCCUCCUGCAGACGUGCACAGUCUCCAGGCCAGGCUGGUUCUGGCCAAACAGCUGUCUGCGAAGGUCCAGAAGAGGGUGGAGUCAGAAGGGAAACGGGAAGAUGCACACACACAAGACAGCAGCGAGCGGCCAGCGUACCAGCGGUACCACACUCUCGCUCGGGACAUCCCGCCAGGCCUGGUUCUGCCGCUCCACUUUAGGCUUUUGGCCGAGAUGUUCCGCAGCAUGGACACGGUGGUCGCCAUGCUCUACAACCGCAGUGAGACCGCCACCUUCGCCAAGAUCCAGCAGGGAGUCCAGGACAUGACCCACAGGCGCUUUGAGCAAAACCAUGUGGGUCAGAUCCGGACCGUGUUCCCUGAGGCUUACACCCUCAAGCAAGAGAAGAACAUUCCCACCUUCACCAGCGGCGCCAAGAAGGGCCAGUACCAGCUGACCGUGGAGCCCAUCAUUGUCUCAGGUCAGAACCACCCCCAUAAGACAUGGCACCGCCCACUGGAAGCUGUAUUCACAUCUGUGUCCUCCUCAGACCAGAACCAGGCCCGGCCCGUUCUGUCCGCCUCUCGUCUGCUGGAGAGAAGGCGUGUCUUCCACCAGAACCUGAUCUCCCUGGUGAAGCAGCACCAUCAGGAGUUUUUGUCUUCGCUGGUUCCGCCUGUUUCGGUUCCGGAUGACAAGCUAACCCGCUGGCAUCCCCGCUUUAACGUGGAUUUGGUUCCUGCAGUCCCGGCGAGCCUGUUACCUCAACCUCCUCACAGGGAGACCCUGUCUACUGCCCAGGAGGUUCUGGACCGGGCUCGCUUGCUUAUCAACCCCAAGAUGGAGAAGGCGUUGACUUCUGCAGCUCAGAGAGUCCAGCUCAGAACUGCUCCGAGUUCUGAAACCUCAGGUGUCCAGAAGGUAGCAGAACCCGCAGCCCCAGCAGGUCUGGUUCCAGAGUCUUUAAAGGGGGUGUCCCAGUCCUUGCUGGAUCGGAUUCGGGCCAAAGAGGCCCAGAAGCUGCAGGCAGUCAUGACCCGGGACCCGGCCCAGGAGGAGCGUCUGCUGAUGAUGUCCCGGCUGCUGGAGCUGGCCCGGAUCCUGCGCAGCGUCUUUGUGGCUGAGAAGAAGGCGUCGUUGACCAUGGAGGCGGCCUGCAGCCGCAUGGCGGCGAGCUACAGCUCCGCCCUCACUGCAGGAGAGAUGGAGAAACACGUCCACCUGCUGGCAGAACUCGCAGCUGGUUGGCUAACCCUUCAUCCAAUCAGGAAGGACGUGUACUUGAAGCUGGACCGGAAGGUGGAGCUGUCUGUGGUUCUGGACAAGCUGGGCCGCCGCCUCAGGGAGGAGGAGCAGAAGUGAUGGAAGCUCCUGCAGUUGUAGCAGCUGAACUUUUCUCCUCGUGUUUUUUGAUUUUCCCUGGAAGAGUGAAAACAAACCGAGCUGGCCUGAUGAGGACGAGGUCUGCAUCCUCCGGGGCCAAGAAGGGGACGUUGGAAAACCGGACGCCAACAGUCUGACCAUGCAGACUUCCUGACUGCUCAGUAGCUGGAAUGAUCGGUUUAGUGAAGCUAACUGCAGCAGAGGCGCCGGCGGAGCCGCUCCUGCGUGGAGGAGGUCCUCACGUUCUACCUGGAGGAUCCAGGCGUGGACGUUCAGGGGUUAAGCUUAGGGGGGGGUUGUGUUAGGCAAUCCUCGUUAUCAUUGGCAACAGUGAAAAGUUGUCAAAUAAAAUUCGAUUUUUUUUAUUAAAA